AGGAAAUGGGAAGUCAAAAAUCGAAACUCCAAAUAUGUUGAGAUAAACAAUGAAAUACUGAUAAUCUACAUAUAUUUUCUGAACAGUUUUAUUAAGAAUCGUUUCUACAAUAUAUUUUUUUAAUGAUACACGUAUCUGCUAUUGAAUAUUCAAUGUAUUUGUGUAAAGCAAACGACAAACAAACCGUGUGUGGUUACCUCUAGUAAGGUCAACUGCUUUUGAAAUGUGUUGUACAGCCACCUUUUGGUUAGAACAGUGUGAUAGAACAAACGAAUGUUGCUGAGUGUUGUUUACAAUGGUUCUAGUGAAAUGGUGCUCAACUGUCAUUUUAGCUUUACAAUUUAUUUGUUAUGUUGAGAGUAUUAGGGACACCAGUGAAACAACCGUGACAGCCUGCACCGGACGAUGUAGUUAUCAAUAUUCUCUGCAGUGUCCUUCAUCAAAGAAAAUUGCUUUACAUAAAUUAGAGUAUGCUUCCAAAGAAGUGUCCAAUUACUGUCCAAAUGUCCAAGAAUCUUGCCAAGACAAGAGACAGUGUUGUUCCUAUAAUGCUGGUGAUUGUCGUAUACCAUUCGCAGAUUCAGUAGCAUUUCCUGUGUAUACAAAAUGUUCAGGGAAACAACAAUGUGAAGGGUUGAGGGCUGAGCAGAUCUCAACAGUAUCCAGAUGUUCUUCCCGUGAUGUGUCUAAUUAUGUAGCAGCAACAUACACUUGUGAAGAUGAUAACACCUUUGUAGACAUGUGUUCCAAUGGUACCAUUUAUGGUAAAGCAAUCAACCUAAUCUUGAAUGGAUCGCAAUCUACUCCUCAUCCUGGUUUUCAAAACAGUAAUCUCUGUGCCUGUGUAAUAUCAACCUCAGAUUGUGACUCAGGUGCUAGAUUACGCUUUCAAGCUGUAGAUGUGCGACUACAUAAGAACCAAGAUAUCACAGAUUGUCAUCCACAUAGUGUAAUUGAAAUUACAGAUGGACGGUAUGGCAGUCUACCUUUUUCAUAUAAAUGUCAAAGCAAUCUUUUCAGGCGAGGCUUAAUAGAUCAUUACUACUCCAGGGCACCAUAUGCUAGGAUAUCUAUGUAUAAUAAACCAGAGCUGAAUAUAUCACAGAUAUGGUUACGUAUAUCAGCGACAUUGCCAAAUGUAGAUGUAAUGAUAACAUGUGGUUCUGGAGCAAUACAUCACAGCUCACAGAAUGUGUGUGUACCUCCAGAGUUUUAUCCUGCAACCACUCCAUCUAAUAUUCAGCCCUCAACUUAUGAUUUACGGCCACAUGAAGAUAAAGAUCCUAAUCCUGGCAAUAUUGAAAAAGAAACAGACAUGGUACCUAUAGUGGCUGGGGUUGUUGCAGGAUUGGUCGUUGUAGUGUUAAUAAUAAUAGUAGUAUGUUGUAGAAGGAGGAGGAGAUUAAGGAAGAAACAAGAAGAUAGAUUUUCACACAGUCUGACUAUCACUGCUCCACCUUUGCCAUCACCAGAGGACAAUGUGUAUGAUGAAUAUGAAGCUGGUAAUUAUUAUGAUUCUGUAGAGAAUGGAAGAAAAUACCCAACUUCACCAUUUAAACCUGCUACUCCUGGCAAAAAUAUGGGUUCAUUUUUCCCAACAGAACCGAAGAAAGUUUCCCCACCUGUUCUCCCACCUCCAUUGCCUGUUGUGCCACCGACAGUUCCAGCUAUACCUCCAACUGGACCUGUUGUCCCAUUGUCUCCUCUAGUUUCAUCACCAACUGUGCCAAAAAGUCCUGCAUCAGAAAACUCCUAUGAUAAGGAUGCUAACCCAUACCAGCAGCCUUGGGAUGGUAAGCCUCUACUGAUGCCAAACAGACGUAAAAAGAGUGAUCUAGCAUAUGCAACAAGUGAUGAAAUACAAGUACUGAUUCAAAGAAUGGAUAACGAGAGAAGGAAAUUAAAUGAAGGAGAUACUUGUACCAGUCCAACUGGAUUUAUACAUAUAGAUGAUUAUAAAUUAUCACAGUCUAUGAGAGAGGAAGAUAUAGAUGAGAAAGAUGAAGAGAACAAUGAAAGUGAAGAGGAAGAAGGAGAGGAUGACAGUAAGAAAUUACUUGGUCAAAGACACAGUGUAAAUAUACCUGACGAAAGACAUUUACCAGAACAUGUUCAUAUUGAUCCACAUGAUGUCAUGUGUAGUAGCGAAGACACUGGUUACCGCUCAGUUGGAAGUCAGGAGCAUAUUCUGGUAUCUGAAGAUGAUUAUCUGGUUCCUGGUUCUGUUAAAGGAAAAAAGGAGGAAUCUAAUCUGCCUCAACGUCUGUCUAGUCAGUCAUCAGUAAAGGGAGAUAAAUCUAACAGAUCUAGUGUUAGUGAGGAGAAAAGAAAUGUGAAUGGAGGAACAAUGUCUGGUGAAGCAUAUGCAGAAGUAUAUGAUGCUUUAGAAGAAGGCAAAACUGUAGAUGUAAAAACUAAGUUCUAAUUUUGUAAAAAUUGAAACUUAGGUUCAGGUUACAUUUUACAUCAGUUGUAUUAUUUUCUUCAAAAUUCUUCCAUAGGUUGCAGUUGUCAUGUUGUUCUGUUUAUUUUUAUCAUAUUUUUUCAUUGAAGUAAAAUUCAGAAUACCAUUUUAGCUUUAUUGGUUGUUGUAUUAAUCAGAUUUUACAAUCGGAUUACAAUCAGAUAUUAAAGUAAAGAUUUUUAAUCAGGUAUCAAAUUUAGAUAAAAAAAAAGAUAUGCUCAUUUAUUUAAAAUAAAAUGAGAAUGGUUGUUUAUGUAUAUUGUUAAAAGUGUUGAGUUUUUUUUGUGUUCAUAGCUAUAACAAUGUUAAGGAAAAAAAUAACGGCUAGUAAGAUUAACUUUAAUCUGUGAAAUGUCAUAGAAUUGCACAGGAUACAUGAACUUGUAUAAUCGAACAGUAUUUUAUUCAAUAGUUGUGCUGUCAAAAGAAAUGAAUUGUUAAAUGUGCAAUAAUUGUUGUAUUUAAAAAAAAUUGAUAUGCGUAAGGCUGUAUUACAACAUAUUAAAAAAUGUACUGCAUUUACAAUGUAUGAAGGUAUAACACUGUCAAUACACCACUUCAUAGUUAUUGAAUUGACAUAUUUAGAACACUGUUUCGUAUUUAUAUUUAUAUGAAAAAAGUAUCAUACAGUUCACAGUUGAUCAGACAAAAAAAAGAUAAAAAUGCAUCCAAAAUAAUUAUAAAAGAAUGGUUGUCGAAUUAGAAUUCAUAACGUUUUUGUUGGAUACUGGUUGUGUUAACUUAUAUCAGUUUAGCUACCUAUUUUUCUCAUAUUGAUUCAGAUUAGAUGACUUUAUCCCUAAAUUUCCAUAUCUGAUCGGUGAUAAAAUAUAGCUUGGCAUUUUAUGAAUUUUACAAUAUUUGAAACUUGAAAAGAUUCUUUCAUGAUUUAAAAAAAAAAUCUGAAUUUUAUUUCUAUUUUUUUGUAAAUGUACUUACCAGUAUUUGUUCACUUAUAUAGUUGGUUUUUUUUUUAUUGUUUUGAAGAUAGUUAUCAGUAUUAAUUUUAUUUUAUUCCAUAAAAAUCAUUUGUAAAUAUAUUACAUGUUUGUUUUUUCAUCAUUUUUGGUCUAUAAUGUCAUUAUUAAUAAAACUUGCAUUUAUUUAAUAUUCUAUGAAGUAAAAUUUUGUUUAUAUAAAGUCAAGAAGUAAACUUUUUCUCGUAAGAUUUUUAGUGAAAUGAGUCGCAGACUUUUUGGAUACAUUUACAAGUCAUGAGCAUUAAACUUAUGAUCAAUUUUUGUCUUAAAGAGCUCCUGUAUGUCACAUGUACUUUUACAGAUACAGCUUUAUAUAGCUAGCUGAUUAAAGUGAAACAUAUUUGCAUGUGUCUCUUUAAUUUUCUCAAGGAUAAAUUUUGCCUUUCAACAUUGAUGUCAAUAUUCUUAUGAUUUAGUACAACAUUGUCCAGCUUUAUGCCAAGGUGUGGCAAAUAAUAAUUAUUGUGCUAAAAAUGUCUCAGACUUAUAAGCAAGGAAUUGAAAUACAUCUUUUGUGACAUAAAAAAAUGUUGUAAAAAAGUAAAAAAUGUAAUAGAUCUGUUAUAUUUGUAUUAUUUCUGUUGAAUGUUGCACAUUUUUUUUUGUCUUAUUUUAUUGGGUUGUAGAUUUAUAUAAGAUUUUAAAAAAAAUGUUAAGUUUUAGUUUUUGAUCAAAGUAUACCAGGAAUAUUAAACAGUUUCAACUAACAAUCAUAUACUGUCACAUUCAGAAUAACAAACUGUCUUGUCAUUAUUUAUCAGGAAGGAGCAUAUAAAUAAUUCUCCUCCAUGUUUUAUGUUUUCAUUUUUAAUUUCAAUGGUUAGUGUGAAAAGAUAUGCUGAAAUAGCAUAGUUUAACAUUGUAUUUAUUCAUAAAUGACAAAAAUAUUCAAAUAUUUUUGUAUAAUUUUAAGAUACAGAUCUAAAAUUACCCCCAGUAUGGCAUGUUUAAAUUUUUUUUUUUUAAAUCAACUUCAUACUGAAACUCCAAUUUCAAAUGCUAGAAUGUAUUAAUCACACAGUAACAAUAUUAUACAAUUGUAAUAGUUAUGUGCAGAUGCGUUCAGUAAUUCUUGUGUGAAAGCAAAAUUUAGGGAAUUCAUAGAAUUUUUCAACAAUUAUAUAAAUUUUUCGAAUUUUUACAGUACAUAUUUUUUUUACCCAGUAAAAAUCUGAUUAUUUGAAGACUGGACAAAUUGUGCCUUUAUACACAUUGUGGUAUACAGCAAUAUUAGAGAUUAAUUUUGCCUUGCAUGUGGAUUCCAUCCCAGUUUUAUAUUAAAAUGCAAACUUGAAUUAUUCAUAAUAGAUAUUUUGCUAUAUAUUUUUUUUUUCAUAUAACAAUAUAUUUUAUUAACAUAUAUUUUUUGCAUUAAAAAUUCAGGCUAUUAUUAAAUAUAUUUCAUCUGACAACUUUUUUUAUGACUUUCUAUAUCUACUAGGGCAUUAUGGUUUAUAUUAUGUGAAGUUUAAUUACUGAAAAUGAUACAUACCAUCAAGAUAAUCACCUAUUUUUUUUUUUAUAAAGUAUUGAAAAACUAGACUAUUCUUACUUAUAAAUGACCUCUGACCUCCAUACAUGUAUUUUUGUUAGCAUUUCAUUAUUUUAUAAUUUUUCACUGAAUUGUCAAAAUCUUUGUACACUUUGAACAAUACAAACACAUAAAUUACAUUUAAGCAAAAACUGACUUGACAAUAAAAACCUGAAAUUGAAAAGAAAAUCAUAUACUAGGUGUUCUAUGUCUUCAAGAAAAAUACCAUUAAAUUGUAUAAAGUUUUUCUGAAUCAUGUGUAGAUAAGCAAAUUAAAAUCAAGUAUUUAUUUACAUUCAAGUUUUAACUUAGUUGCAAAAAAAAACCAACAACCCAAGCACAAUUAACUAUCAUACAAACGUAAGAUUUUGCUCAAUGCAAUCAAAAUUCAUACUCAUGAAAUUGUAGUAGUGUAGUAGAAGAAUACAUUACAAAUAUGUUUGUUUCUUCAAGAGAAAGAAAACUAAAACAUCAGUAUAAGAUAAUCACAAAUCAAUAUUUAUCUGUUUUUUUUUUUUUUUUUUUUUUUUAAGGUAUAGGGAAUGCUGGCUAUAAUGUAUGCUAUGUUAUAUAGAAAUUACAUGCAGAUCAGCCAAAGGAUACCUGCAUUAAUGUAUUUGAACAUUUCUUCUGAUAUAUUUUAAGUGCAAUAGAGGUUGCUUGUACAUCUACAAAAAGGAGUUUCCCAGCAUUCUUCUAAAUUCUUGUUUGAAAACAAGCUCAAUGACUUACACAUUUUAAUAUAUUUUAUUUAAGCAACAUUUUGUCAAAUAGUUUAACAAACUGUUGUUUUUAGUUUUGAGUCCACAGCUUAGUUACAACUACAAAGUCUUAAGAAAUAAAAAAAUAAAACUUCAGAUAUGAUUCUUUGAAGAAAUUAAGAAAAUAAAAUUCAGAUAUGAUUUUUUGUAGAAAAUUUAAACCUAUAACUCUAGCAGCUUAGCUACAUCACUUCUCAGUAAAACACAGAAAUUAAAAUCUACAAAUAAGAUUACUUUAAAAGUAAAAUUAAUAUUCAGUACUUUUUGGCUAGUAAUGAUUGGUUAUUACAUGCUUUACCUGUGAUCAUUUUCUAUAUGACAUUGCAUUUUAAGAAUAAACUAUAGAUAAGAUGUGUUCUUGCAUUACCAUCCAUAGUUUUUGAUUCUCACAUUCCAAUAUUUUUGUAUUCCACAUUUGUUUUUGCCAUUUUCAUCAUUAUAGGAUCCUUGCCAUGAUGUGCAUUCCAGUAUUUUGUACAAAUUAUACACCUUAAUUAUAGUUUAUAAAUUAUUCUGUCAUUUAAUGCUUACUUAAAGUCUUGAAAUCUGCUUUCCAUGAAAUCAGGAAGGCUGAACGGAAAAACAAACAAUAUUUUUGUAAGUAAAGAAGAUGAUACUGAAAAAGAGACAAUUGUUUUUGAGUGAGUAAAUUUUCUAUUUUGACGACAAGGAUCACAAGAGAAUAUAGCUAUAAUUUUUAACCACUUGAAUGUUUACUGGUCAUUUAAGAUUUAAAAAAAAUACAGUGCUUUUCUUGAAAUGAAUAUUCCUGAUAGUAGACUGAUGAUUUCUGAUAGUAAAGAAUUUAAGGGUAAAUGUAAGAUAUUGUCAUUUAUUAAAGCUAUAUACCACAUUCCAAUAAGUUUUUUUUAUCAGUUUUCUGUACAUUGUGCUAUCAAGUCAAUCAAAGUUGAGUUUCUAGUUAGAUUUGUAUAUAAAAUAUUUAUUGUAAUUUUUGAAAGAUUUUGUUGUAUCCAAUAUGGUUGUGAUAUAAGGGCUGGAGUUGUGUGAUAUUGUUGUUUUAAUUUAUCACUCUAAGGGACUGGGUCAUCCACAUUAUUUGGAUGCUGUUGGAUGGUUGUUUCAUUGGCAAUCAUACCACAUCUCCUUAUUUUAUACUAUUGAGUGAAUAUUGCUUGAAAAUGUCUAGUAAAAUAUUUUGCAUUCUAUAUGAAAUUUAAUUCUUUGAAAAAUGAAUUUUUACCAUUGUAUACAAUUAUAAAAGGAGUGUUUUGUAUAGUAAAAAUAGAUGAUACUGGUAUCAUGAUAUAGAUUUGGUUUGUAAUUUAAAAUGUUGCAAUUACAAAUUUAAGUUACGGUAGACAAUAUUCUGCAUUUCAAAGC